AUGACCGAAUUCACAGAGGCGGACACGAUCCGCAUCCUCGUCGCGACAGACAACCACGUCGGCUUCGAGGAGCGAGACGCCAUUCGCAAGGAUGACAGCUGGCGCACGUUUGACGAGAUUAUGAAUGCUGCUCGGCUGCAAGAUGUCGACAUGGUUCUCCUCGCCGGCGACCUCUUCCACGACAACAAGCCGUCUCGCAAGUCGCUGUACCAAGUCAUGCGGACCCUGCGCCAAAACUGCCUCGGCAUGAAGCCCUGUCCUCUCGAGUUCCUCUCCGACGCGGCCGAGGUCUUUGAGGGCGCCUUUACCCACGUCAACUACGAGGACCCGGACAUCAACGUCUCCAUCCCUGUCUUUUCCAUCCACGGCAAUCACGACGAUCCCUCGGGCGACGGUAACUUUUGCUCGCUCGACCUGUUGCAGGCGAGCGGGCUGCUCAACUACUUUGGCCGCGUGGCUGAGGCGGACAACAUCGAGGCCAAGCCCAUCUUGCUGCAAAAGGGUCUCACAAAGCUGGCUCUGUUCGGGCUGAGCAAUGUCCGCGACGAGCGCAUGUUUCGCACCUUUCGAGACCACAAGGUCAAAUGGUUCCGUCCCAACGUCCAGACUGGCGACUGGUUCAAUCUGCUGGCCGUCCACCAAAAUCACCACGCACACACCGCCACGUCGUACUUGCCCGAGAACGUACUGCCCGACUGGCUCGACCUCGUCGUCUGGGGUCAUGAGCACGAAUGCGUCAUCGACCCCACGCAGAACCCUGAGACGGGCUUUCACGUCAUGCAACCCGGCUCAUCCGUCGCCACAUCCUUGGUUCCCGGAGAGGCUGUCCAGAAGAACGUGGCCAUUUUGAGCGUCACGGGCAAAGACUUCUCCGUCGACAAGAUACCUCUCAAGACUGUCCGCCCGUUUGUCACCCGAGAGCUUGUGCUGGCCCAAGACGGGCGUUUCGAAGGGUUGGACAAGAAAAAGGACAAUAGGCAAGAGGUGACGCGGCGCCUGAUGGAGGUUGUCGAGGAAAUGAUUCAGGAAGCCAACGCCGAGUGGGAGGCGAUCCAAACAGACCAAGAGGCCCUCGAGGAGCGACCCUUGCCACUUGUCCGUCUCAAGGUCGAGUACAGCGCCUCCGAGGGCGGUCAAUUCGAGUGCGAGAAUCCGCAGCGCUUCUCCAACCGCUUCGUCGGAAAGGUGGCCAACACCAACGACGUCGUCUACUUUUAUCGCAAGAAGUCCUCGCUGCGGAAGGCGACUGCUGCCACGCCAGCGGAUGCUCUCGAGGCUAUGACCGAUGGCGGCGACAUGGUCAAGGUUGAGUCGCUCGUCCAAGAGUUUCUUUCCGCCCAGUCCCUCAAGGUUCUCCCCCAAGGCCCCUUUGGCGACGCCGUCAACCAAUUUGUUUCCAAGGACGACAAGCACGCCAUGGAGCUGUUUGUCUCUGAGCACCUCACCGGGCAGGUGAAGCAGCUUCUGGGUCUCGAGUCGGACGACGAGGACCUGAACAGCGCCAUGGACAUUUAUCGCUCAAGAAUCGAACAGCAGGUGGCGAGCGCGCCGCCGAGGCAGCGGGGCCAAAGGAAACGCAUGCUCAAGCCCAAACCCGAUACCUGGGAUAGCGAUUUUGAUGGCAACUGGGAAGACGAAGCCGAUGCGUGGGUGUAUGAGGAGCCCACACAGGACGCAACCCUCGAUGCGACGUCGGUGGGCCUGGGGAAAUCAUCGCGGGGACAGGGACGGGGGCGGAAACGGUCGAAGGCGACGACGAAAACCACAGCCAAAAAGCCGACGGCAAAGAAACCGCCUGCCCGAUCCACCCGGGGUCGCGGGCGCAAAGCCGCCGACGAGAGCGACGAGGCGGAAGAGGAAGAGGAAGACGUCGUCAUGGAGUCGGACGAGGAGGCACCGGCGCCCAAGCCUGCGCCCAAGUCUCGACGAGGCCAAGCUGCCAAGCCCGCGCCCGCGGCGAGGAGACAGACCCCGGCGGCGGCGACGAGGGGCUCAGCCCGGACGCGGCAGACGAUGCUCGACUUUUCGCAGGGGACGGCGACGCAGGCGCAGGCGCUGGAGAUUAGCGACGACGAGAUCUCGGAUGACGAGAAUGCCUUUGAGCCGGCGCCCGUAGCCACCCGGACCAGGAGACGAUGA